CACUUAGGUAACCCUAAUACUACUCUUCCCCUCCCUCUUUCUCUCUCUCUCUCUCUCUCUCUCUGCUACAUUCUGAUAAAACUUCAACUGUAUCUUCCUGAUCUCCAUAGUUUACCCAUCCCUCUACUUCUGCCCAUUAGCUUUUCCACCCCCAUAUCUUCCCUUUUUCACAUUAACCAAAAACUUAUAUAAUACUGCAAUGGACAUUGAGUUUCUUAGGUCCAUUUCCGAUGACCAAACCGACAUGAUGAUGAUGCAGCUCGAAAAACUCCCUGAUUUCUCUGCAGUUUAUGAUAAUAAUAAUAAUCAACAUAAUACCAACCUGAAUCCAAACUAUAUGAUGGAAGACUCCAGUUUCAUAAACCCUACAACCACCAUUGCAUUCAACUCUCCAACACCAACCACCGGUGGUACUGAGAUGCAGUUUUUAUCAAGUCCACGGUGGCGAAACGGUGGUGAUGAAGAAACCGAGCAGAAGCGAAACUCAAUGGCCGCGAUGAGAGAAAUGAUAUUUCGAAUAGCAGCCAUGCAACCGAUCCACAUUGAUCCGGAAUCCAUCAAACCACCCAAGAGGCGGAAUGUGAAGAUAUCGAAAGACCCUCAAAGCGUGGCGGCCAGGCAUCGGAGAGAAAGGAUAAGUGAGAGGAUUAGGAUAUUACAAAGACUUGUUCCGGGUGGUACAAAAAUGGAUACAGCCUCUAUGCUUGAUGAAGCAAUUCAUUAUAUGAAGUUUUUGAAAAAUCAGGUGCAAACAUUGGAGAAAGUUGGAGAGAAUCGGCCACCGAUGGCGGCGGGGAUCGGUUUUCCGGUGGCGAUGACAAGUGGGAGUUACAUUCCCAUGGGGACAUCUGCAAAGGGUUAUCAACAAUCUGGGAAUAAUGUUGUUCAUCACUCUUUAGGAGCCUAGUUGAAAAUAAGGUGUUUUUUUUUUAAUUUGGUGAUUUUAAAAUGAAUUUCAUGCUUAUUUGAGAGGCUUUGAUUGAUAAUAGAGGGUUGUUUUGUUACCUAAUUAAGAACAAUCAUAGCGACAUGAAGUUAGGAUUUGGAAUCCAUGCAAGUUGUACUAUUCUUAUAAAAUAAUCAUUCACUUC